AUGAGUCAAAAUACUUUACAAAAUAAUCAAAGUGAUCCCACUUUUACUGAAUUCAGUAAUUUGCAAUCUACUGUUAUUCAACCAGAACAUUCUUCUUCAAAUACUAAUUAUAAUGAUAUGAAUUUCAUCCCUUCUGAUAAUAUUUCCCCAUCAUUUUAUACAAACACCAAUAACUCCGAACAACAACCUACUUCUAAUGAAUAUACUGCUUCAACUUUAACUUCACCUCUAUCGUAUGAUCCGCAGUAUGUUAGUCCAGCUGAGCAUCCUAUUAGUCCCCAGCAGUCUAUUGAGAAUAUUCCUCUAUUUAACAUGACUAGUAUUAAUCCUUCUCAAUCUGAAAUCCUUAGUUUUGUUAUCCCUGGGUAUACAGUUAUCUUCAUACCAACUCCUUCUCAACAGGAAAAUACUUAUUUAAAUUAUUCUUCUUCAAAUACCACGAACACCCAAUUUACUCAAUUUCAACAAUAA